UAUUCUACUGUGUCUGGAGUGAAUGGCCCCCUGGUGAUUCUGGAUAAUGUGAAGGUGACUAAAGAUUUAAAAUGACUUCUCUAUUAGGGCUCAGACGCACCAAUAGCAUUUCCUGACCAAGAGUACUUAGCACCUCGAUCAGCAGACAAACGCUAGAUCCACGUUCGGUGCGAUGUGUGCAAGCCUUUAAUCUCUCGUGGACAGACGCACGUAACAUAAAUGGUAUCGUAGCUUCUGUCAACAGACUGGGAUGCGAUGACUAACAAGGAACUUUUUUCCGGUAUGCAGAUUUUUCAUCACUGAUCAUUUAGAACAAAUCACGAUUUCUCGAUGCUUGCAUCAUUUGAAUUUAGAAAGGGGAGGGAACAUUUGGCCCAUAGACUUGCCUGAAACUUGCAGAGAGUUUCCGUUAAGGGGGGUGGAGACUUUGCAAAUCGCGUUUGUAUCUUUCCCUUAACAUCUCCCAUCAUCCCCAGAACUUAAAAGAGCAUGUGACGCAAUUAUGCGAGAUUUUUGUUCUGUGUUUCUGAGCUUACUUCUCUUUAAUCAGUUGUGUUCUGGCUUGCUUAGUGAAAUUGAUAGUGUUAUUUUCUGCAGGGUUAGCCUAAUUGCUGGUCAUGUAUGUUUUCUGUUUUGAAAGACUGAAAGAAACAUGCUUGUUAAAUGGAGUUUUCCGACCUUUUUAUGUGGCAGUUUCCCAGGUAUGCCGAGAUUGUGCACCUGACUUUACCUGAUGGCACCAGGAGGAGUGGCCAGGUGUUGGAGGUGAUUGGCACCAAGGCUGUCGUACAGGUGAGUACCUCGCCACACACACACACACACACAGACACAGACACAAACCACAAAUGACUGAAAGAUACUGUUUAAUGUCAUUUUCAGGUGUUUGAGGGGACAUCUGGUAUUGAUGCCAAGAAGACGGCCUGUGAGUUCACUGGUGACAUCCUGCGCACACCUGUGUCUGAGGACAUGCUGGGUAAGAUGAGCUUUCCAAAACAAGCUGAGUGGCAUCCGGCGGGCGCUAGGCAGGAGGAAGCAUGAAAUCUACCACUGAUUAAGACUAAAUUAGGCUGCUCUCUAGAGCUCUUCUACAUCUGUUUUCAUCACUCUGUAUAACUGUUUCCGCCCACCCUCCUUCUCACACAAAGAAGAAAAUACCAUGCAAGCUUUACUCUCUUAGUGUGCUAAAUACAAUUGUUCUGCUCCAUUUUACCUCGUCCCUGUUAAUGCCUCUAUUUGAGUCCUGCAUUGAGUCUUCUCCGUGAGCAAAUUAGGGCAACAAAGCAUUGAAGAGAAUCUUUGAGGCUUGUAUGACUUGUUAUUUAUAUCCCAGUCAUACCACCUCAGUGGGACUCAAGGUUAGGUGUAUUUGAUAGUUGAGUGAACCAUCUGUUGCAAGGAUCAUUAAUAAUGGGCCUAAAUGAAUUGAAAAUAUAAAAUGCAGCAUCUCUACCAUUGUCUGAAACCUCAAGUAACUGCUCAUAUUUUUUAACGAAUCAGAGAUAGAGAUAAUUAUGUGGAUAGCGAUCCAUGUAAUAUGAAAUUAAACUAAUAGAGAAUGUCUUUCAUUUCAGGACGUGUUUUCAACGGCUCAGGCAAGCCCAUUGACCGUGGCCCCACUGUGCUGGCUGAGGACUACCUGGACAUCAUGGGUAGGACGGAGCUAUAAUUCCGUUCAUUCAGGAAGUGAAAGAUAUUCCUAGAUAACAUUGUCUGUGUUGAAAUGCAAUUGACCCUGAUGUGCAAAAAUAGAAACAUGGUACCUCGACUAUAUUCUUAGUAUACUGAGCUUACAGCGGAUCAACCCCAUCUUUACUCUGCUAGUGGACUUCGAUGUGAAGCUAUACAUUAGCUUGUAUAGUGUGAGUUCAGUCUUUAGUUGCAUCUCACUGCCACAAGGCCAAACACUGUCUUUAUGUUGACUGUUGAUCCCAUCCCUGAGUCCCUGUCACAUGUAGCAUGCCAUUGUGUAGGCAUGGCAUCCCAAUGAAUAGAUGACUUGAGCGUCAUAAGUCUUCCAUCUUGAAGGGCAAUAAGGUCUUUGACCCUGACCUCCGGUCUGACCUUUCGUUCCAUCUCGGCACCCGAACAUCUCCCACAAGUGUACUAAUUUCAUUUCAUUUUAUUUUCUAAACCUUCGUUUAUGUUUAUGUUUACGUAUGUGUGCAACUGCACAUACAGUGUAAAAAGCUGAAUUGAAACUAUUAUAAGGCCAUUUCUACUGUUUAUAUCCCUAAUAUGAGUUCUACCUGGGCAAUACCUUGGUUGGAAGUGGCUAACCCUCUGGUCUGUGUUUCUGUCCCAGGCCAGCCCAUCAACCCUCAGUGCCGUAUCUACCCUGAAGAGAUGAUUCAGACCGGUAUCUCUGCAAUCGAUGGGAUGAACAGCAUCGCCCGAGGUCAGAAGAUCCCCAUUUUCUCUGCAGCCGGCCUGCCCCACAACGAGGUACGAUGGAGACGCUAGGUCUGACAAGGCUAGGACACACAAACGCAUACGCUAUAUGUGCCUUCGGCUGCAUUUUGCCAUAUUAUAGCCUCAGUCAAUAGCAUUGGAGAUGGGUUUUCUAUCAUUACCAAUGGACUAAUGUGAUCUGAAACAUGAGGCAGUCCAUUCUGUUAGACACCUCAGCGAUAUUUAUUAUCGCUGCCAGGUUGAUUCUAAUUUAGUGUUGUCUGUUUUGGUAUGUUGUAAUCUAUUCUUCUGUGCUUAAUUUAUCUGCCAAACACCCUUGUGGUGUGUGUGUGUGUGUUACCAGCUAAUUGAAAUGAUUUGUGCUAAUAGGCGGAGGAGAUUAAAUUGUUUUGUUCCUGUGGUGCAGGAGCUAGCAGAACCAGCAAAGUGGGUCUGGAGGACAUCUCAGAUAUCCACUGUGACAUUUUACUGCUUGUGGAGGGCAUUUUCUUAUUUCUCAGAGAGCCUUGCCUCUCCCUGUCUCUCCAUCUUCACACACAGCACUCCAGAAAUUCACACAUCUACUCAUUUUACUCACUCCAUAUGUCUUGUAGUGGUUGUACAAUCAUGCACCUGUCACAUUUGAUAGUCUGUGUAUCAGACACACUGUUAAACUAGAUGCUUGUUCUCCAUUUUAUUUUAGGCUCAUAUAUUAACAGCCUUUUUAGUCCAAAUGGUUUGAACGCAUUGCAUUAAACCUACUAAAGAGGAACCUGAAGGUAGCGUAUAGCAUUAUUGUACGGCACUACCUGAAAGCUAUUGAAUAUGUCAAAAAUGAGUAGUGUUAAGUUAACGCUAUUAGUUGCCAACCUGCCUCUAAGCAUGAGUCAGAUCCAUGUCUCUGUGUGUCAGUGUGUUAGUUAUGGGCACAUGGCAGCCGUCUGGACUUCACUUCCUGUCUCACCGCCUAAAAAUAGAAUGGACCAACCAAACCUCCAGCGUUCCACUGGUGCCGUGAAGUAUUUAAUUUUGAUUUGGAGAACAGAGUUGAAACGAUUUGCUUAUAGCAGACAGUCAUUUAAAAUCAGAUUCAUUGGAAAAGUUAACUUAUUGUGGAAAAGUGCCAGAGUUUACUUACUUGGAGUGAACUCAAGUGAAGAGGACAUUCGGCAACUCUUGGAGGACAGAAGAAGUUGGUAAAAGGGCUUAUUUAUUGUUAAAAGUAAAACCAACGUGUUUUCAUCAGGGUUUUAUCUUUGACUGAACUUGGAAUGGGAUGACAAAUAAUCUCUCUGUCAUUGCCAGCUUAACUGUUGUUCAUCUGACUCAAUCUUGGGAUUUAUGGCUCAUCAUAAGUGCAGGGGCAGUGUUAAGGAAGUCAGAAUCAUUCUCCAUUCCAACAUGUUCUUAUUACAAGCCUCAUUCUAUGUUAGUUUUAUCAGUCUCUACUACCUCUCCACUAAUCGAUGAGCACUUGAAAUCUCAGGUAAAAUAUACAAAAUAUCAGUGCUAAAGGACUAACCCAAAAAGUCUGGAUCACCAAUCAAUUGCACAUUGACUUUGAAAACAAGGUUAGGAGUUUCAAUAGUUCAUGUAUACAGUCUUAAACAAGUUUAAGACUAUACUGCAUAGUUUCAUGAGUUCAUAUUGUCAUAUCAGACAGUGUCCGUGGUUUCCCAUGACUGAAGGAAUGCUCUUUUCUAAAGCCUUGGAGAAAGAACGUGAUGGCCGCUGUGGUUGAACUGGUAAACGAAUUAAACUAAUAAGACAAUGGUGGCGAGAGGAGAUUAGGUGAUUGUGUGAAUAGCACUGAUUUAAUGUAGGAUUGGUAGCCCAGCCAUGAGGUCGUUAACGCUUGAGGUGGCUGUUCUCUCACCAGUCGUCACUGUUUGCAAACAGCCUCAUUAUGACCUUAUGACCGUCACUGUACUAAAAACAGUGAACAGGGUACGCCUUGUCUGACUAAUGAUGCUGGUCGACUUCUCGUGUCACUGGAAUGGUAUAAAACUCUUCUCGUUUCAUUAAACAGUUGUCAUGGGGUCAUUUGUGCCGCUGUUCUCUAUGGGCCAGGUGUCUCAGCUCAGGGUGCACUGAGAGGUCAGCCCUGAUUUAACAGGCAGCAACCGUUACAUUAAGCGAUAAGCGUGAAAUUCCUCCCCUCUAGAUUCCUAAUCACAGAGUUGUUAUCCAACUAUGCACCUCAGACACAAGCAUAGUUGGGAGCACGUGGAUACACACAGAACACGCCAGUAACUAGCUAGCUGGACGGGGCGCUCGCUGAUGUCCAAACAUUUUAAUAGACUGGUUGUUUUAUCAACAUAAAUGUUUCAAGACCUCAUCAUUUUGAAUCCUGUGUUUUGGUUUUCAGAUUGCUGCCCAGAUUUGUCGUCAGGCCGGUCCUGGUGAAGAAAUCCAAGGAUGUGAUGGACUACAGCGAUGAUAACUUUGCCAUCGUCUUUGCCGCCAUGGGGGUGAGCUGAGCGGCACUAGAUAUACUUUAAAAAAAAAUAAGGUCUGUUUUUUUCUCUAGUGUGUGUGGCUAAUCCUUCCUCUUAACCCCACCGUGACACUUCCCCCUCUCCUUUUCUCACUCGCAUUCACCAGGUGACUUAGCGUUUAAGUCCCCUGUUACGUCUGCUCCUCUGAGCAGAUUCUGGCCACGUCGACAGGUUAUUAUUCAGCCGUCUUGAACACAUUCAGCCGGCCAGUAUCAAAUUCUCUCUAGUUCAGCUGCUCUGCUCAUCCCUAUUUAACGCUGGGUGGGGAAUCUUCUGUGACCUGUGGCAGAGAUGUUAGUGACCCCCACCUCUGCUCCUCUGGCCCCCCUUAUCCUCUCCCUGCUGAUGGCUAAUUCACACACCAUUGAGGGCUUUGUAACAUAAGCACUAACUUUGUAACAGGGUAGCGGAAAUGCAAUGCAUAGGGACAGACGGGUAUGAAAAGGGAUGAGGACAUUUUAAAGCAUAUGUAAAGGAGAUUCCAAUUUAGGAAAAGGACACUGUGUAAAGGACAGCGUAUUAAGCCUCUUUAACAUCUGAUUAACACUUAACCCUGUUUUCACAUAUCAGAACAUAUUAAGUUACCUUGAGUUGAAACCUGCUGAACCAGUAAGCUGCAGCAUAAUUUGCACUACAUUGCUCUCUGUAUAGUUUUUAGGAAGAAUUUACCCUAAUUUGUUGUGAUAUUUGUACCAGGAGCUCCUUUUUCUGAUAUAGGCAUGUUUUUGUUUUUCUUGCCCAUGGGCGACUUAAUAUAUUCCUGCUUUUGUUGAAGAAUGUUCAAGGACUUCUACUAUCUACUUGGUGUGUAAUCUUGAACCUAACUGUUUUCUAACCUUCUAUCGUUUCAGGUGAACAUGGAAACUGCUCGCUUCUUCAAGUCAGACUUUGAGGAGAAUGGAUCCAUGGACAAUGUUUGCCUGUUCUUGAACCUAGCCAACGACCCCACGUGAGUUUAUGUGCAUAAGCUCAGUGCCAAAUCAGUAAUUUACUAGCUCCCUCCUAUAAUAAAUAAUUUUAUGGUACAUCUAUGGAAUCAUGGAUUCACUGCAAUAAAGUGUCUGUAUAAUAUUGCUGUAUAAAGGCAAGACUGUCAUUUUCACCUUUUCAACAGAGUAUUGUCUAUUCCUACCUUUUUUUAUGUUAAUGGUGGAAACAUUUAAUUCCUUCCUUGUUCUUUCCUUUCUCCAGUAUUGAGCGCAUUAUCACGCCUCGCCUGGCUCUGACCUCAGCUGAGUACCUGGCCUACCAGUGUGAGAAGCAUGUCCUGGUCAUCCUGACUGACAUGAGCUCCUACGCCGAAGCUCUGAGAGAGGUGGGCAACCAAACUAACUCAAGGAAGUCUACUGUUUACUCCUGGGAAAAAAAUAACUCAUACUUUAUUUUUGUGAAGUGUCAGACUUGCACAUUCAUUCUGUCAACGUUUGAGAGACACAACUUUUCUUUUGAAUAUGGGUAGCAAAUUCAAUGUGCUGGUCAGUACACCCUACAUGGUUGUGAUAUUGAAAACCUCCACAAAUCAAAUCAAAUUGGUCGCAUACACAUAUCUAGCAGAAGUUAUUGCGGGUGUAGCGAAAUGCUUAUGUUCCUAGCUCCAACAGUUUAGUAAUAUUUCGGCAGCAUUGAAGGUCCCCAAGAACACAGUGGCCUCAAUCAUUCUUAAAUGGUAGAAGUUUGGAACCACCAAGACUCUUCCUAGAGCUGGCCGCCCGGCCAAAUUGAGCAAUCGGGGGAGAAGGGCCUUGGUCAAUGAGGUGACCAAGAACCCCAUGGUCACUGACCGAGCUCUAGAGUUCCUCUGUGGAGAUGGGAGAACCUUCCAGAAGGAGAUGGGAGACCCAUCUUUGCUGCACUCCCACCAAUCAGGCCUUUAUGGCAGAGUUUUAUUAAAGGCAUCUAAGGGACUCUCUGAUGAAACCAAGAUUGAACUCUUUGGCCUGAAUGCCAAGCGUCACGUCUGGCACCAUCCUUACGGUGAAGCAUGGUGGUGGGAUGUUUUUCAACGGCAGUGACUGGGAGACUAGUCAGCAUCAAGGGAAAGAUGAACGGAGCAAAGUACAGAGAGAUCCUUGAUGAAAACCUGCUCCAGAGCGCUCAGGACCUCAGACAGGGGUGACGGUUCACAUUCCAACAGGACAACGACCUUAAGCACACAGCCAAGACAUUGCAGGAGUGGCUUCGGGACAAGUCUCUGAAUGUCCUUGAGUGGCCCAGCCAGAGCCCGGACUUGAACCAGAUCGAACAUCUCUGGAGAUGGAUGUGCAGUGACACUCCCCAUCCAACCUGACAGCUUGAGAGGAUCUGCAGAGAAGAAUGGGAGAAACUCCCCAAAUACAGAUGUGCCAAGCUUGUAGCGUCAUACCCAAGAUGACUCGAUGCUGUAAUUGCUGCCAAAAGGUGCUUCAACAAAGUACUAAGUAAAGGGUCUGAAUACUUAUGUAAAUGUCAUAUUUAAGUUUUUUAUUUUUAAUGCAUUUGCUAAAAUGUCUAAACCUGUUUUGCUUUGUCAUUAUGGGGUAUUGUGUGUAGAUUGAUGAGGGGGGAAAAAAAAAUGUUUAUCCAGAAUUUUAGAAUAAGGCGAUAACGUAACAAAACGUCUCAAAUAAGCAAAGAGAAACAACAGUCCAUUACUUAAGACAAUUUCAAGAACUUUGAACGUUUCUUCAAGUGCAGUCGCAAAAUCCAUCGCGCUAUGAUGAAACUGGCUCUCAUGAGGACCGCCACAGGAAUGGAAGACCCAGAGUUACCUCUGCUGCAGAGGAUAAGUUCAUUAGAGUUACCGGCCUCAGAAAUUGCAGCCCAAAUAAAUGCUUCACGUUCAAGUAACCAACACAUCUCAACAUCAACUGUUCAGAGGAGACUGCGUGAAUCAGGCCUUCAUGGUCGAAUUGCUGCAAAGAAACCACUACUAAAGGACACCAAUAAGAAGAAGAGACUUGCUUGGGCCAAGAAACACGAGCAAUGGACAUUAGACCAGUGGACAUCUGUCCUUUUGGUCUGAUGAGUCCAAAUUUGAGAUUUUUGGUUCCAACCGCCGUGUCUUUGUGAAACGCAGAGUAGGUGAAUGCAUGAUCUCCGCAUGUGUGGUUCCCACCGUGAAGCAUGGAGGAGGUGUGAUGGUGUGGGGUGCUUUGCUUGUGACACUGUCAGAGAUGUAUUUAGAAUUCAAGGCUGUAAUGUAACAAAAUGUGGAAAAAGUCAAGGGGUCUGAAUACUUUCUGAAGGCACUGUAAAUGUAUGUUAUGUGUGAGUGAGCAGAUUAUGUUGGAGUGAGUGUGUAGGGCCCUGUGAGUGUGCAUAGAGACAUGUGGUCCUCUGUAGCUCAGCUGGUAGAGCACGGCGCUUGUAACGCCAAGGUAGUGGGUUCGAUCCCCGGGACCACCCAUACACAAAAAAAAUGUAUGCACGCAUGACUGUAAGUCGCUUUGAAUAAAAGCGUCUGCUAAAUGGCAUAUAAUAAUAAUAUAAUAACAAAAAUAAAAAGGUCAAUGAGGAUACAAGGUUAACUCAUAGUCUGUGUAGCUAUUUUGUUAGCUAUUUAUCAGUCUUAUUGCUUUGGGAUAGAAGCUGUUCAAGAGCCUGUUGGUGCCAGAGUUGAUGCACCGGAACCGCUUGCUGUGCGGAAGCAGAGAGAAUAGUCUAUGGCUUGGGUGGUUGGUUUCUUUAACGAUUUUCCGAGCCUUCCUACCACACCACCUGAAAUAGAUUUCCUGGAUGGCAGGGAGCUCGGCCCCAGUGAUGUACUGGGCUGUCCGUACCACUCUCUGUAGCGCCAUGCGAUCGAGGGCGGUGCUAUUGCCAUACCAGGCAGUGAUGCAGCCAGUGAAAUUGCUCUCAAUGGUACAGCUGUAUAACUUUUUGAGGAUUUGAGGGCCCAUGCCAAACUUUUUCAACCUACCGAGGGAGAGGAGGCGCUGUCGUGCUUUCUUCACGACUGUGCGUGCGUGUUUGGACCAUUUUAAGUCUUUAGUGAUUUGGACACCGAGGAACUUGAAGCUCCCAACCUGCUCCACUGCGUGCCCCCCCCCCCCCCCUUUCCUGUAGUCCACGAUCAGCUCCUUGGUCAUAUUGUCGCUGUUCUGGCACCACACUGCCAGGUCACUGACCUCCUCCCUGUAGGCUGACUCGUCGCCGGUGAUCAGGUCUACCACCGUCGUGUUGUCAGCAAACUUGAUGAUGGUGUUGGAGUCGUACGUGGCCACACAGUCAUGGGUACAGGAGGGGACUAAGCACACACCCCUGUGGGGCCCCUGUGUUGCGGGUCAGCGUGGUGGAGGUAAUGUUGCCUACCCUCACCACCUGGGGUCUUCCCGUCUGCUCUGAAUUAAACAAACUGAACAAUUUGAACAGUGAUUGGCUUUGGCCUGGGUCUGAGUAAUUUAUUUUAUACCAAGUCUGCUGUGAAAAUGGCAGUGCUUGACCUCCUUUUUGUUGAUUUGAAUAACACUUCCAACAGGUGAUUACAUUAGAAUAUAGUACAGUAUUAUUAGUUUGUCCUCCUUUAGGGGGAGUGGUUUGAUAUGGGAAAGAAAUGAAUAGGGGAUUGUUUUUAACUACUUGUGCAGAUAUGAAACAGACGAUCAUAUCAGUCAACAAUAUCAAAUUCCCAGUUUAUGCUACAAAACCAACGUUAUAAGAGGUUUUAAAAAUAGGUUAUAUUUGACUCAACAUUCCAUGACGUACACUAAGGCAUUAUUGCCAGAAUAGAUGGAUGCAGUUCAAUGCAUGAUUCAUAUAAUUCACCAAUACAUUUCUUGGUAGUCCAAAAAAUCAGGUUGUAAAUCACAGCUGGCCUGGUACAUUGUUUGCUGCCUCCAUUCGGGAUGCACUGUUUCAGUUUCAAUGACUCAAUAUUUUGGACAAAAACAGACGAAUCUAACUAAGGCUGGGAAUGUCAAUACAAUCAAACUAGCAAGGGCAAUGAUCACAAGUCCGUCAUAAUGUGGCUAAUAUGCUAGCGUAUCUAUUUAUGUAGCAAGCUAAAAACAAAGAGCCUAACAUUAGCUAGCUAACUAGCUAGCUAGCUGCUAGGAGGACAUAAUGUCAUUGGAGAAGUUUGAGUGACUGACUUUUUUUACCCCUCGUAUCUUUUUUCGGUGGCUACACAGCUAGAGAUGCAUGUGUCAUUUGGUUAGCUAGUAAGAAAUGUGAAUCGCUUCGCUAGCUAGGUAUGCUGAACGACUGUUAUCCAGUUAACAAAUUCACUCUGGCUAGCUAUCUAGCACUUUUUGUCUGAGUGUGCCGAGCGCAGAAUAACUGAUGAAUUUACGAACGAGCAAGACCCGCUGAAUAUGACUGGUGUCAGUAAACAUAGGCAAAAUAAGUAAGUUAGUCACGAACACUAUAAAACAUGUCAACAGCCUAACCAGCUCUGCUAGGGCGAGUAAAAUGGUCAGUGAGGUGUUCUCUCAUUUGUGUCUGGAAGUAGCUAGCUACUAAGCUAGCCAACUUUAGCCAGUUAGCUUGGGUGCUUGGUUGGGACAACGCAUGCAUUGGCAGGCAAGUUGCAGAAGGCUCGAGCAGGCUAUUCCCCAUCGUUUAUCAGUGCAAUUUUGACGGCCAACUAGCUGAAAAAGUUUGACAGGGUUUAUCUAAUGUUCCUUCAUUAGAUUUUAGCUAAUCGUGCUCUGGCUAGCAUUAGUUGUUGAUCUUGUUGUUGAUGUGCAUAUAGGGAAAGAUGUUCUACCUUUUUUAUGGUUGUUUGAUCAAUGGGACUGUAAAGUUCCCAAAUGUAAGAGGACUCUUGUGGUAUUUAGCUACAUAUUUGCAGAAAUCCAUUCAAGUGUAUUUUGUGGCUUUUGCCGAAUGCGUUCUAAUAAUCUAAAGUCGCGCUGUUGCAAUUGCCUGUAAACACCCAGUCCAAUUCAAAGUGAAUGAUGGCAGGCCCUUUUGGCAAAUGGCUUGUUGUUUUUAUUUGGUUUUAGUUACAGCAUUGUCUAUUAAUUGUCCAAACGCACGGCCACUUUCCCACUCUAUAUUGCUAUAGAAAUUUCACAAAUGUCUUAGUAUAUGUAAUUCCCAAACAUUCUAAUAAUUUAUGAAAACAUGAAAAUGACGUCAGAAAAUCUUUUUUUUAAAGUGUCAUUCUUCCUGGGAGUGUAUAUGAACAGAUUUGAAUAAGAUUUCAUGUUGCUAAAAUGCAGUCAGUUUCACUUUAAAUCCCGAUGCACAUUCCAAUACCAUAAAAUAAUGAACGAGUUCAUGCUCAUUGAUUCAAUCAUAUGCUCUAGCAAUGAAAUGUUCAGUAGUUUGUGUUCAGGGACCCAUCUCUUAUUACCUGGUUCCACCUAUGGCUCACUUCUUUGUCCCAUGUCUCCCCAGGUGUCUGCUGCUAGAGAGGAGGUCCCUGGUCGUCGUGGUUUCCCAGGUUACAUGUACACUGAUCUGGCUACCAUCUACGAGCGUGCCGGGAGAGUGGAGGGCAGGAACGGCUCCAUCACUCAGAUCCCCAUCCUCACCAUGCCCAACGAUGGUGAGACAUGCCGGCUUUUCUCAGAGAAAAACAACCUAGAUAUAUUUAGAAAAUAAUUUAUUUAUAAAUGUUUAAUUCUUGUUUAUUUAUUUACUUAUUUACUUGUCACAUUAGCAAUAUUGUUGAAUCUCCUGUUUCGUCACUGAAAUGCGGUCAAUAUUUUUUUUUGCCAGGGAACAAAUUGUUGCUUGCCAUUACUAUGGUAACAUCUUGAUGGGCGUCCAAUCUGUUUUUGAAUGGGAGUCCCACCUUUUUAACAUCACAGAGAAAUUUGUGCCAGUGUAUUUUAGAGCAAUAUCCUCCCAAGUUGUGGAUGUAGAUCAAAACACUCCCAAGUUGUGGAUGUAGAUCAAAACACUCCCAAGUUGUGGAUGUAGAUCAAAACACUCCCAAGUUGUGGAUGUAGAUCAAAACACUCAUUGUCCUUAAACUGGGAAACUUUACAUUGGAUCUGCAUUUCAGUAUCUAUAAGCAUUCUACUGUAAGUUGUAGACAUUUUAAAGUGUAUGCCUGGUUCAUUUACAUUUAUUUUGGGAAAAGUGAUUUACGACCGUGCUCAGUGCAUGCUUUGAAUGUACAGUAUGCGUGCAUAUCCUUUUGAUAAAGGCCACUUGAUUUAUCGUCACUUUAACCCUGGAUAUUAUCUCUUGAUGUUGACCUCCAUGUUAACUGUGUUUUCCAGAUAUCACCCAUCCCAUUCCUGAUCUCACUGGGUACAUCACUGAGGGACAGGUUUAUGUGGACAGACAGCUGCACAACAGACAGGUACAGACAUACUCACUGAUGAUAGACAUGUAUUCACAUUCUCACUAAUGUCUCAAACCCACCCUUUGUACCUGACUAUUGAGGACUGUCUAUAGCUGUUGAGUACUGUAGUUCUAUCUCUCCUGACAAUUGUCCAAUUGUUGCCCAAUGUUCAUUUGUUUACAACUUCUUGGUUGAACAUUGAAUUAACUUCUAUUAUUUCAUGCUUUUCUUUCAGAUCUACCCACCCAUCAAUGUGCUGCCGUCUCUGUCUCGAUUGAUGAAGUCUGCCAUCGGUGAAGGAAUGACCCGUAAAGACCAUGCUGAUGUCUCCAACCAACUGGUAAUUGUCACUGCACCCACAGCCAAAGAUCUUCUAUAACCAAGCCUAAUUUCUGUUGAACAACAAUACACAUUAAUCGUUUGUUGCAUACAGCACCUUUAACUCACUGACCUCCCUCCACGCUUCUCUCUCAAUGGCUCACAUCAACACCAUCAUCCCAGAAACCCUAGACCCACUCAAAUUUGCAUACCGCCCCAACAGAUCCACAGAUGACGCAAUCUGUAUUGCACUCAACACGGCCCUUUCCCACCUGGAUAAGAGGAACACCUACGUGAGAAUGCUGUUCAUUGACUACAGCUCAGCGUUCAACACCAUAGUGCCCUCAAAGCUCGUCACUAAGCUAAGGACCCUGGACUAAACAGCUCCCUCUGGAUCCUGGACUUCCUGAUGGACUGCCCCCAGGUGGUAAGGAUAGGCAACAACACAUCUGCCAUGCUGAUCCUCAACACGGGAGCCCCUCAGGGGUGUGUGUUUAGUCCCCUCCUGUACUCCCUGUUCACCCAUGACUGCGUGGGCAAGCACGACUCCAACACCAUCAUUAAGUUUGCCGACGACACAACGUUGGUAGGCCUGAUCACCAACAACGAUGAGACAGCCUAUAGAGAGGAGGUCAGAGACCUGGCAGUGUGGUGCCAGGACAACAACCUCUCCCUCAACGUGAUCAAGACAAAGGAGAUGAUCGUGGACUACAGGAAAAGAAGGGCCGAGCACGCCCACAUUCUCAUCGACGGGGCUGUAGUGGAGCAGGUUGAGAGCUUCAAGUUCCUUGGUGUCCACAUCCCCAACAAACUAUCAUGGUCCAAACACACCAAGACAGUCUUGAAGAAGGCACGACAUCACCUAUUACCCCCUCAGGAGACUGAAAAGAUUUGGCAUGGGUCCUCAGAUCCUCAAAAAGUUCUACAGCUGCACCAUCGAGAGCAUCCUGACUGGUUGCAUCACCGCCUGGUAUGGCAACUGCUCGGCCUGCGACCGCAAGGCGCUACAGAGGGUAGUGCGUACGGCCCAGUACAUCACUGGGGCCAAGCUUCCUGCAAUACAGGACCUCUAUACCAGGCGGUGUCAGAGGAAGGCCCUCAAAAUUGCCAAAGACUCCAGCCACCCUAGUCAUAGACUGUUCUCUCUGCUACCGCACGGCAAGUGGUACCGGAGCGCCAAUUCUAGGUCCAAAAGGCUUCAUAACAGGUUCUACCCCCAAGCCAUAAGACUGCUAAUCAAAUGGCUACCCCCCCCUCCCCCUCUUUUUUUUACACUGCUGCUACUCGGUGUUUAUUAUCUAUGCAUAGUCACUUUACCCCUACCUCCAUGUACAUAUUACCUAAAUUACCUCCACUAACCUGUACCCCCGCACAUUGACUCGGUACCGGUACCCCCUGUAUAUAGCCUCUUUAUUGUUUUAUUUUUUACUUUAUUUUAUUUAGUAAUUAUUUUUCUUAACUGCAUUGUUGGUUUAGGGCUUGUAAGUAAGCAUUUCAUGGUAAGGUCUACACCUGUUGUAUUCGGCGCAUGUGACAAAUAGAAUUUGAUUGGAUUUGAAUCCCCAUGUCUUUAUCUACCUCUUUUCCCAUGCCUCUAUCCCUCUCAGUAUGCCUGCUAUGCCAUUGGUAAGGACGUGCAGGCCAUGAAGGCCGUGGUGGGAGAGGAGGCCCUCACUUCCGAUGAUCUGCUCUACCUGGAGUUCCUGCAGAAGUUUGAGAAGAACUUCAUCGCUCAGGGUAAGAUGCUGAAAAACAGAUGAGACCUAUGACAGUAGCACCACAACCAGAGAGCGUGCGUAGUGAAAUUCUAGUCAUAUGGCAUGAUCAAAUCAAAAGGUGAAAACGGUGGCAUGGCAACCGCACUGUAUGUCGCAUUCUCCCAGGGUCCAGUAUUUUGUACCAGAAUGAAUGGGUGUUUUGGCAGGCUUUUCACACCGUUAAGUGGGAGGCUUGGCCAGGUCAUUGACACUCCUGCACGGAGAUAUUUUCUGGUGAUUUUAUUUGCUUGUCUAAAUAUUGUUGCGUUAAAUAUUAGAUAUUAUACCUUUGCCACCUUGGCUUCUCCUUUAUCUUAUGGUUGUGCUACCUUUUAUUCCGCAAAUUCCUUUAAAUCAUUGACUGAUUAUGUGUUGCCCGAGGUAUUUGACCUUAUUACCAGAAAUUCUGCCUGCAUAGCGGUAUCAUUCAAGUGUGAUAUUAAAAUGGAGAUUGAUAUUGCCCAAUGAUAUUGAAAUGAAUUAAUGGAUUAAUAAUAUUUUGUUUGCAUUGUUGAAUCACAUUUUAGCUAGGUUUGUUAGAUGUUUCUUAAUAAACCAUUUUGUUUUUCUUGUCAUUAAUUGCAGAUAUUAUCGUAUAAUGCUACAUCGCUGGAUUUUUUAUCUGCCAGUUCUUAGCUCUAACCAAGAACUAUGAAUAAAUGCUGCAUGUUAUGCUUCUUUCCUUCAGGUCUUUGUUAGUAAAAGUUGUUAAUUUUCAAUGCCUUCAGGCAUGAUUAUUUUUUUAUCAGCAGAGGGAAACAAAAACCAAUGGAUAGAUUUUCCAACAACUUGGUGACAUUCAGCGAUAAUGUGUGCAUGUCGUCAAAGCAUUAUGCCAAACCUAUUCUCACACUUGUCCUUGGAUUGAUGAGAUUGCUAAAGGAAGGAUUUGUGAGUUUUUCUAUCCAGCCUAGUUUAUAGUGAGCCUGAAUUCCUUUUUCAACAUGAGUCAAAGCCUAAUGCGAUCCAUUAAAAUGAGAAUCUCAUUAGAAUUGAUGAGUCUACUGAUGUGAAUUGAAACCUCAUAUAGAAAACCUCACUCCAUAGAAAUAAUAUGAAAUUAUCAUGUCAGACUUUUGCAUCUUCUCUCUCAGCUGAAAUAGACAAAUGGGGCCGGCUUUUGGGCAAAGAACAAGUGCCUGCCGUUCAGUCUUCUUGUCCUUCAGAUAAUGAGAUUACAAAGCAGGGAUUGCACUAUUGUAGGCUAUGCUUCACAGGGACCUAAUGCUUGUAACCCGAUUGUGACUUAAUAUCAAGCCUAUCAAUUAUUUCUUUCCAAUAGAGUACGCUGUGAUGUAGUGUUGGGUGCAUUUCAGACAUGUUCGCUCCAUGACCUGAGUUGAACAUGACGCCCACAACAAGUGUCAUGAAAAAUAUCAGUGAAUCACUGGGGAAUAUUGUUUUAUUCAUACUCUUAUUAAAACCUCUGAAUAAAAUAAUAAAUUGGCAACUAGUCGUCAUACGGAAUAUUGUCAAAUGUCAUAGCAUUCAAUACCUAAAACACUGUCACCUCACCCCUCAGGCCCCUAUGACAACAGGACUGUGUAUGAGACCCUGGACAUUGGCUGGCAGCUGCUCCGAAUCUUCCCCAAAGAAAUGCUGAAGCGGAUUCCCCAGAGCACCCUGGCUGAGUUCUACCCCAGGGAGUCUGCAGCUCGUCACUGAGAGCCCCUCAACUCAGAGAACAGAGCAAUAAUCUCAGCUCCCUCUGUAUAUGUAUUGUACUGUAUCUGUGUCCAGAAUCUAGUAUGGGUAGUGUCUGUGAUUAUAUCUCUACAUUUUAUUUAGAGUUUUAAACUUACCCUUAAAUCAAAGAAUUAUCCUGUUAUUUAUUGGGGUAUGUUACUGUUGGAUUUUGUUCAUUGAAUGUUGUCCCCACCUAAAGUAAAUGAAACUUUCCAAAAAGGUAAAACAUCCUAUACAUUUAGAUUGUGUGUUCUCUUUCACAUUUCAAUGGUUUAAAUUUGUCCAAUAUGUUUGUUACUGUCACCCUGAAGAUAGCACUUCAAUCACUUAUUUCAGAUGGGGGGGCAAUUACUUGUGAACCAUAUGUCAAAUUGUAGGACUUCAUCAAACACCCAGGAGGUCUGAAAGUGUCAUGACAUACUUUAAUUUAUUACACUGAACAUCAUUGAUACUUAAAUGUUUACUUUUAUAGGCUUGGGGUGAGGGUUUCGAUAUUGGACAAACUUUUGGGCAACUUGAAAUUGAUUUAUAUUGUAGAUGUCAAACUUUGUAGACUAAUUGCUUUUUUCUUGGCCUCUUGCUUGAUGUAAUUACUAUUGAAAGAAAAGGAUGUUUACAUUAUUUGUUAUUGCUAUAUGUAUGUGCUGUAAAAAGAAUAGUAAACAUUCCCCUGUUUCAUUGUUCAUUCUCUUGUUUGUUUGCAGGAAUCGAAUACGUGUGUUAUGAUUCUUCUGUUUUCUGUCCAUAAAUAAAUUAUAUUAGAACUAUGAAGGAUAUGACAUGUUUGUAAUCCCACCUGA